UUUUUGAAAUUAAAACAAUCAUUAUCUUGUGUUAUCCCUUUCCUUCCUCUAACCUUCCUGAGCAUCCCAGUUGCUCUCUUUUAUAUUCCUGAAAGCCUAAUACUGUAAAGGAUCGCCACAAGCCCUUUGGUGUGUGGGAGACAUUCAAUGACGACAUGGAAAAGGAGAAUGAAACAGUACGGACAGAAUUUGUUCUCACAGGUCUCAGGUGCCAACCACAGUGGAAAAUCCUUCUGUUCCUAGUGUUCUUGGUAAUAUACCUCAUGACCAUUAUGGGGAACCUUGGUCUUAUCACUCUUAUCUGGAAUGACCCUCGACUUCACAUCCCCAUGUACUUCUUCCUUAGUAAUUUGGCUUUAGUGGAUACUUGGUUAUCAUCCACAGUGACACCAAAGAUGCUAUUCAAUCUUUUGGACAAGGGCAAGGUGAUUUCUGUCUCUGAAUGCAUGGUGCAGUUCUUUUCCUUUGCAAUAAGUGUGACCACAGAAUGUUUUCUCUUGGCAGCAAUGGCUUAUGAUCGCUAUGCAGCUAUAUGCAAUCCUUUGCUUUAUCCAGUAAUUAUGACCAAUAGACUAUGCCUUCGUCUAUUAGUUUUGUCAUUUGUAGGUGGCUUUCUUCAUGCUGUAAUCCAUGAAAGCUUUCUAUUCAGACUAACCUUCUGUAAUUCCAACAUACUAUAUCACUUCUACUGUGAUGUUAUACCACUGUUGAAAAUUUCCUGUACUGAUCCUUCUUUGAAUUAUCUGAUAAUUUUCAUUUUCUCUGGUUCAAUACAAGUGUUUACCAUUAUGACAGUUCUUAUCUCUUACACAUUUGUUCUCUUUACUAUUUUAAAAAAGAAGUCUGACAAGGGUGUAAGGAAAGCCUUCUCCACCUGUGGAGCCCACCUCCUAUCUGUUUGCUUGUACUAUGGACCUCUUCUCUUCAUGUAUGUGCACCCAGCAUCUUCAGAAGUAGAUGAUCAAGACAUGAUCCUUUCUCUGUUUUACACAGUUAUAAUCCCUGUAUUAAAUCCAAUUAUCUACAGUCUCAGAAAUAAGCAAGUCAUAGAUUCUCUGAAAAAAAUGUUGAAAAUAACAGUUUAA